AUGACGGAGAAGGAUAAAAGUAUUUACAUGGCCAAGUUAGCGGAGCAGGCAGAACGUUACGAGGGUAUGUGUGUUCUGUUAGAAUGCAGAGUUGAGCUGAGUUAAGCUAGUUUUUGGAUCUCGGGCUUUGCUGUUUAACUGGCCAGUGUCCUACAAUUUCAUCUGUUGUUAUUGUACAUUAAUGAAAAAUAUUUCUCUUGGGAAUAGCGAAAUCUUCUUGAUUAAAGUUAGCCCCCGAUUUCGGGGUAGUUUGACAUUUGUUGGUAUUGCACGGCCAGGUAUAUAUUUCAAAACAUUGGAUGACAUGUUUGUUUACCUCAGUAUCCUGUCGCUAUGUAUAAUCCAUAGCAAUAUCUAUUACGUGUUUGACGGAUGUGAAAGGCCGUGUCUACUGCCUUUUUCAGAAAUGGUAAAAGAAAUGAAGAAAGUGGUCAAUGCCGGAGAACCUCUCACCGUAGAGGAACGCAAUUUGUUGUCAGUAGCCUUCAAAAACGUUAUUGGUGCAAGAAGAGCUUCUUGGCGCGUUCUGUCAAGUGUAGAAAAAAACCAAGAAGAGUCCCAUGACGAAAAAUCCCCAAAUAAACUGCAAUCAAUCAAAGAAUACAGACAAAAAGUUGAAAAGGAAUUACGAGAAAUUUGCGAGGAUAUUUUAAAGUUGCUAGAGAAAACACUCGUCCCCAUGGCGGUCGAUACAGAGUCGAAGGUCUUUUACAAUAAAAUGUAAGUACAGUACUGUACAGCCCAUAGUUAGACUUUUUAUUUUAAUAUUUAACAUAUUUUGCUACUUUUAUUCAGUCAUUAAAAACUGUUUUGGUGGAGAAAAUAGCAGGCCCCUGACCUGUCGAGAGCCACUAGGCAUUUGUUAUUCUUUUUACAUCUACCCUUUUGAAAAGUGUUAACUUACGUUCAAGUACUUUUCGAAGGAGAACGUUGUAGGAUUUACCCGUUGUAGGAAUGUUCCCUUUUUUCCUAUAUAUUUUUUCUGUCUGGUUAUUGUGCCCAGUAUCCAGUAACUAAAUGAAAUAAGUUAGGGAAAGCUUUCCUUACAACGCCAUCCAUUAAUUAUUUAGUGCUUCUUCAAAUAGAUGUAAAAUUUAACACUAAACAGUUUAUUUUGUCGAUGAAGUAUUAGAGCAGCUAAAACGUAAUUGUUGAUACACUAUUUAACUUUGAAAGGCUGCUUCGUUUUGUGAUAGAAUAUCUUUAAUUUCCAAGCUUUAGCAUGUUGUAGCAUUUAUAAUUUUUCAAAUGCUAACAUUAGCAGAAAUGAUUUACCCAAAUUUAAAGAGCUUUAGACACCAUGUUGGAUAGGCACCAACAUAGUGGCCAGAAAUUAACCGAAACACCUGUCGCAGAGUUUUCCUACGAAAGCAUGAAUUCAUCUCUCAAGGCACUCAUAAACAUUAAAGCAAUACUUUUUCUAAUACAAUGACCGUUUUUAACCUACACAUCAGCUCUCUUGGCCCCCAUAAUAUACAGAUGUUUUGGUUAAUUUCUGGCCACUAUGUUGGUGCCUAUCCAACAUGGUGUCUCCUACAAAGCUCUUUGAAUUUGGGUAAAUCAUUUCUCCUAAUAUUAGCAUUUGAAAAAUUGCGCUGACCUGAAUCUUGGCAAGGGCCUUUACAUAUUAAUUUUCUCUCAUUUCUCUGUUUCUCGAUUUUAUCUAUUGAAAAGUUUAGAUUUCAAUUUUUGUUGGCGUGACAUUGAAAACAAACAAUAGGGCCGACGGCAUUUGGAAAACUUGCAUAAUUCAAUCAGUAAUAUCGUCUUUCUAUUAUUCAAAAGUUUUAGUCAAUUAUUGAUUGUACAGGUCUUUCAAUAUACAAAUGCAUCACUUAUAACCCACUUUUCGUUAACAGAGGUCGGCUCUAGAUCCAAGCAUACUACCUUAUGCGAAAGUUGCAUGUUAAUAAUUUUGUUUCGGCUGAGGGGCGCCUGAGUUUUAUAUUAGAGACCUUAAGAUUGAGGUUUUUUUGGCAUUUUCGGGGAAUCGUGAAUUUCAAAAAGUCACAUGACCAGGGCCUUGCCGUCAGGUUUGCGGUUUGAGGUUCACGUUUGUAGGGCUAGACCACGCUCCAGAAGUAAGUGAUUUACGGCAAGGUUUUUUGCACCCUAAAACAUCACAAUCCUACAUUUGAGAAGAAACUGUUUUGCUUCUUGAUUAUCAAAUUCUGUUUCAAAAAAACGUAAUUUAUGAAACAAUUUCGCAGCCUAAAUAGGAGUAAGUGGAUGAAUGAAAGCAAACAUGGCAGCCACGAGCUACCACCCACAAAUCUUACAGUACCGCUCAAAAGUAGUUAGACACUCGAAACUCGAGACUCGAUCCUCACAUCUCGAAGCUCGAACGCUUCGAGUUUCAAGACGCGAGGAUCGAGUCUCAAGCUUCGAGGAUCCAAGAAGCUAGGUUUUCCGAAAGAACAAUGUUGUACAGUCACGUAGCCAUUCAGAUAUUUGCACCGUCGAUCAGUGCUUGCUGUGCGGUGUUCUGUAACUGUUUGAAUUGUCGGGGUUCGGCAAGCUUUCUUUAAGUGUAAAUCAAUGUUUUCAUUUUCGAAGAUUUGUCCUGCAUGUACAGUGUAUGUAGCCUUUGCUUGCGAUGUUCCGAGAUUUUCGCAGAUGAACAGUGCUGCUGGGCACUGUCAUGGUUUUAUGCAAAUCUUGAGGAAGAUUACAACAUUUGAGUUGUUAAAUUUGCUUGUUUGUCAAGCUUUAACUUCUUUUGUGUAAAGGCGGCAAGCCUUUCACUCGAUAAUUUGAAAACUCGGCGAUUCCGGUUCAUAAAGCCAUGAGAAACUACGUUUGUUCUAGAAAGCGAAAUUUUCACGUGCACGUUCAGUCGAUACCGUGGCUUGUCACACUGUUACUGUUUCUAAAUAGGCAAAUCUAGGAGUAGUCACACAAUAAUUUCAAGGAAAACUUUAUUUGUAACAAAAAGCGACUUUUUCACGAGCAUUUGAGUUAUCAAAUUUUUCAUUAGUCAAUUUCAUAUAAUUUAUGUAACCUUUCAUUCGCCAUGUUCAUUCGAAAACGCGGCUCAGCGACUCCGUGAAGUACAAAACUGGCUUUUAUGCAAAUCUAGCUGAUGUCACCGGAAACUUUGUUUGCUGAGGCAAGAUUUUAACACACUAUCAUUUGAAUAUUGGAAAAAAGGUCCAAACUCGUUUUGUUCAAACGACAGAAAGUGACAAGGAAUGCACGAGCACCGGCACUCUGCAAAAAAUUGGAAAAGAAGUUGUCACAUGAUUCGGAGUUUGACAGACAGACAGACCUCGUGGUAUCGAUUUGUGAGAUAGAUAAGAUCUGGUUUUCAGAUCAAAGCGUGUGAAUCUGUGAUCUUGUUUUGGUACGACUAAAGAAGAUUUAUGGUUGAAAAAUUUGGUUUGAGUACAUUUAUCUACAGAGUGGGUUAGUUACUGUUCGCUUUCAAACAGAGGCUCUUUUUACCGCUAGACUGACGUAAGAACGAUGGAAAGUCAAAAGGAAUUACGGCUGUAUGCUGUGAAUGAGUGAUGUUAAUAUGGCCGUUUCUAGUAUGGGUUGUUUCUUUGUUGUUUUCUUUUUGAAAGCUAUUACAUAUAUGUAUCUUGCCUUCACUUCUAAAAAGCAAGUUUCAAAAGGACUAUAAAAUAACGAGAGACCAGAAGUGAACAUUUUCGCUUUGAAAACGUGAGCUUCGCUUAUGCGAAAGUGAACAAGUCUCACCCAAUACGUGGAGCUGUGAUUUUUAGAAUGAAAGGUAAGUGAACACUUUUAGAGCGCUUUCUCGACUCAAAAUUUAAAACUCGAUCCUCGAUCCUCGAUCCUCGAAACUCCAGACUCGAUCCUCUAGACGCAAGACUCUAUCCUUGAAAGUUUCAAGAAUCGAGUCUCGCGUCUCUCAACUUACUUUUGAGUGGUACUGUAAGUCCCAAAUGUGGGCAGACAGGUGAUGUGAAACCGCUAACCACAAACCGCAGUUUGUCGUAUGCAGUAAAAUGACCAACGUGGAUCUUAAGGUCUCUAUUCACUCACUCAUCCUUAUGAGGGAACCCUUGGUAUAAGCUUCUCGUGCUCAUGAGCAUUAACUUGCACUGUUAUUCUAUCAAUUCUCGAUGUCGUUAUGCUUAUUUACGCUACAAGUAUCUUUUUCAUGAGCAGUGGGGUGGUUUAAAUUUCCAAUAACAUGACAAAGGAUGUUGUUGCUAAAUCGUGGUUUUAGUGUGGUGUAUUGUUUAUACCCAAAUAUGGAGUACAGUCUGUAUCAAAACGUUGUCUUCCAAGGUGUUUUACACAAAAAACCCAGCUAAAUUUUCAAACAAAUGAAAAAAUUCAAAGGCGGUGAAGGCCAUUUCUUUACUGACAGUCUAAAAUUAGUCUAACUGAAGCUAAAGACCUUCUUUGGUAGUGCACAGCACAUCAAAAUUAAUGGUAAUGAUAUAAAAAAGAAUAAUAUAACAACAUUAAAGAAAAUGAGUAUUCUAAAAGACUCUGUCCAAUAAUAAAAUAAUAAUAAUAAUAGUAAUGUCUUUAUUCAUUCAAUACAAUACAUAUCAAACGUUACGUAAAUUAUAGAAAAAGAUCAAUUAAGGUGUUUACACAAUAAAGAGUUUCUCAUAGUGCUAAGUGGUAUUUGAAACGAAGCCUAUUAAAGGACUACUUUUAAAAUGUUCAGUGUUUAUCUUAGGUAACUGACUAGGCUUAGAGCACAGUGUUGGUGAUCACAGCCAUAACAAAACAGAUCAACGACAACUAUCCAAUAACUACUUACUAGUAAUAGUUGUUGUGUAGCUCUUUGAAAUAUACCAAUUCAUAAUGAAGAUUUUCACACAUAUUCCAUACAAAUAGGUGAGAUAAAACCAGGAAACGCAAGGUUCCAUGCACUGAUUCAGUUCGAUUUGCACAGCUUUGAUGAAAACAUUCUCAGUUUCGAGAAUAGUUUAUUCUAAACCAAAAGAAAAGAUUUAGUUAGAAGUUGGAAUUUUUUCGCUAUUUCUCUUUCCCUUUUACACACAGUUAAUUUUAUUUGGCGGAAAGUAAGCCUUAGAAAGUCAAAGGUUUGAUCAAUUAACGCUUGAAAGGAACUUAAUAGAGGGACAUCUGUGAGCAGGGAAUAAGUCUGCAAAGAAUUUAAUUGUUGGCGAAUUUCUGUAAUCGUCCAUCGUUCUGCAAGAGAUAAGCUAGCUGUUAAAUCACUCAUCUUGCUUUUUUGUGGACUGAGUCUUAUUCUGGCCCCAAAGAGAGAGAAAGAGUGUCUGGCAAAUUGUUUCCAAUCAAUUUUUGACCUUGUGUCUGGCAAACUCUCCAAGUGUUUAUAUAUGCACAGUUAUGAAUCAAAACAAGAAUCAAACUGAUGGAUCAGCACACGCUAAAAUUUUUCUUAUAACACACCAUGCAAACAAACUGUGAAACUGUUAUUUGGCGUCAAGACACUUCUCUGAAGUAUUCUAACAAAAUACACUCAAAAGUGUAAAAACCUGAGGCAUAUAAAUUUUAAUUGCAGUGAAGACAAGAUUUGCAUUUGAUUUUAACUGCUCAUACAGUGUGGGGAAAAAAGAAAACACUUCGUAAAUCAAAUUUCCCCAAGAAUUCCAUCAAAAACAAACAGUCACAUACCUUUACGAGACCUAUGCAAAUACGACAGUAACGCCAAAGACAAGACCAAAUGACCUGGUCAUUUGGGGAUUAAUACUUUAUUCCGUCAAUUAAAACUGUAUUUCAUCAAAUAUUACCUUGUAAAACAGUAAAUUCUUUUUGCACCGCAUCAUUUACAUUGUGAUACAAGUUUUCCUAUGGAGCACUCGCGCAACAAUCUUGCUUAUCAGUAAUUCCAUAUUAGGAAGUCAAUUUUGAUUGGUUCCCCAAAAAACCCCAGCAUUGUGACAGAGUUAUACCCUUUGGGGUUGUUUGCUUCUGAUUUCUUGUAUUAUGAAUCCGUCUUAAACUUAAUGCAUGACAUAGAAGAAAGAAAUGCACCAAUAAAUAUUUUGAACUUGUUUUCAAGGAUGUCAAAUUCACAUCACUAUUUUACACGCUCAUCAACUUCACAAAAAAGUAUGUACAAAAGAAUGCGUUCUCUCUUGUUGGCACAAAGAUAUGGCAUGAGAUGCCAAAUAGCUUUAAAAACAUAUCGAAAAAGACGUUCAGAAAAAAACUUAAUGGAGCUUUAUUAAAUAUAUUGAAAAUCGAAGACAACUAUGUAGAUAAUGACAGAAUCACGGCUAAACUUAAAUCAAAGGGUGCCUAAGGCUAACUUGUGAUUAUUACUUUGGCGAAGCAUGAAGUUAGGGAUUCAUGCAGCAGCAGUUGCAUUCGGAUGUCCUGAAGUUGCUUCCGAAUGUCCUGAACUUGCUUUGGAAUUAGUUCAAGAGAUCUUUGAGUUCUUUGAUUUAUUCUUUCAGGCUGAAAGAAAUGACGAGAAAGUAUUACUUCUGGAAGAAAUAAAGAAUAAAUAAUGAUUAUUUUUAGCUUGCCCAGCAUUUGAACUUGCUUAUGUGUGACCUGUCAUAUCAGAUGAGACUCUAAAGAAAUUUAAUAAAUAUUAGUCUACCAGUAUAUUUUAAGUCUGUCAAAAAGGAAAAUUGGGCCUUACGCAAAAAAAAGGAUAAAAAGAAAAAAAAGGUUUUUCUUGUGAGACUGACCUGCCUCACUUAGUUUGCUACCUGCAGGUGAGUGGGAUUGAUUGUGAAUACUUUAUUAUAUAAAAAUUAAGUUUGUGGUUGGUGGGCCUUGAAAGUGUAAUGUGGUCCAUUAAACGUCCUUGAUAUGUCCUUAAAAAGUAAUUGCAAAUUUUUGUAUGAACCCUGUGGUAGGAUUUUGGUGGUCAGGGUUCAUUUAGUUCGCUAAUGGUGUGAGGUGCCAAGUAUCCCGCAUAAAAUUCAAAAUUCAUGUAGGUGCUGGCACUGAUGAUGGUUUUAACUUUGCAGGAAAGGUGAUUACCAAAGAUAUAUGGCUGAAUUUAGUACAGACAAAGAAAAAAAAGAUGCUGCAGAGAAGGCACUUGUGGCAUACAAGGACGCCACUGAUUUAGCAAAAGGUUUAGAUGCCACUCAUGCUAUCCGUCUGGGUUUGGCCCUCAAUUUUUCAGUCUUCUAUUACGAGAUCCUUAACUCACCACAGCAGGCCUGUAAAUUGGCCAAACAUGCUUUUGAUGAUGCUAUUGCCAACCUUGAUUCACUUAAUGAAGAUUCUUACAAAGACAGCACACUGAUUAUGCAGCUUCUUAGAGAUAACUUGACACUUUGGACUUCAGAUACACAAGGGGAAGGUGAGUUGCAACACUGCUGCAAUCCUAGCCUGCGAAUACAGCUGUCUCUCUUUUCUCCUUGUUGCUAG